AAAAGUUAGAGCAGGGGGGGAAAGUCGGCCAAAGAGGCUGCGAGGGAAGAUCUCUUGUUGGUUUUCAUUUCUCAUGAACAAGGAGUCGAGGAGGAGAGGAGAGCCUAGUGAUAUCGAUAGGGCAUCUGUCCAUCUCUUACCAUGGAUCUAAACCAGCCUGCAGGUGAAAAUUAUGCCAACCCAAAGACAUGUUUCUUUCAUGUGCUAUUCAAGGCUGCUGCAUUGGCGUUUUACAUUCUUUCAGCCCUCUUCUUUGAUGGCUUUGUCAUCAUCUUCGUCGUAACUGUUCUUCUUGCUGCUCUCGACUUUUGGGUGGUAAAGAAUGUCAGUGGGCGGAUAUUAGUUGGUCUGAGGUGGUGGAAUGAAAUAAAUGAUUUGGGAGAGAGUGUAUGGAAAUUCGAAUGCCUUGACCAAGAGUCAUUGUCCCGGAUGAACAAGAAGGACUCAUGGCUCUUCUGGUGGACGCUUUAUCUCUCAGCAGUUGCAUGGAUCUUCCUUGGUAUAUUUUCACUCAUAAGAUUUCAAGCAGAUUACCUCCUAGUUGUGGGAGUUUGUUUGAGCCUCAACAUUGCAAAUAUUAUUGGAUUCACUAAAUGUCGCAAAGAUGCCAAGAAGCAGAUUCAAGCAUUUGCCUCCCAGACAAUUGCAUCCCAUGUCUCAUCAACGCUCCAGUCAGCAUUUAGUGUUGUCUGAGCUGUUGAU